AUGUCAGCCGCAGUGACGCCUCCUCCCCUCGAUAAUACUCUGGGUGUUGCUUUGAUUGGCGUGAUUGCUGCAUCGGCGCUUUACGGAUUAUCCUGUCUGCAAACUUGGACGUACUAUCGCAUGUACACCAAGGAUCCUGUUUUCAUCCGGGUUACGGUGGCCGUAUUAUGGAUACUCGACACGCUUCACUCUGCUUUCAUCAGUCAUUGUGUUUAUUUCUAUCUUGUUACUUGCUUUGGAAAAUACGAGGACCUCGAGAGAGCGAUAUGGAGCAUCAUCGUGCCCGUGGCCCUCAACUGUAUUUCUGCAUUCAUCGUUCAGAUAUUUCUCUCCUGGCGGGUCUACAAGAGUGGGUGUCUCGAUCAUUUCGGCUCCGGAUGUGUUCUGAGUCAGACAGUGAGCGACAGGAACAUUGUACUGGUAGCGGUGAUAUGGGUGCUAGCAUUGACACAACUUGCUGUGGGAUUAACGAUGACAGGUCUCGGGUUCCAAUUUCGACUCUUCGCAGACCUACAUAACUAUAAGGGUGUCGUAACAAGUUCGCUAGCCAGUGCUGCAUUGGCCGAUAUCGCCAUCGGUGCAAGCAUGUGCUUCUACCUAUACAGGAAGAGAACAGGGUUCUCAAGCCUUGUUGCAGUCGCGGGAUUCAUCUCAUUCUUGGCUAUGCCCAACAAUCUUGUCAAUUUCGCGAUCAAUUUUGUUCUUGGGAAGGUGUACUCUAACACAAUUCUAUCGACCCUCAACGCCCGUCAAAACCUUCGGAAAAGCAACGAUAUUCCUUUGGAGCUUUCCACGACGCGCAUUGCGGCGAUCAAUGCAACACCCCUCGAGGUCACCGCCGGAAGCACAACCAAAGCUGACUAUGACAGACAGAGAAUGGAGAAGCCGUUGGGCUCCUCUGCCUCUUCCUAUGCGUAA